ACUAUUCGUAUGCGGCAACACCACGAUUUUACCAAAAACCUUAUAAAAACCGGUACCCGUCUUCCCAGUCCCAGGUGAGGCAGCCAGUGCGCGCACCCACCGCCGCCGCGGUCCAGAUCUCCCACCCAAAGUGCUGCCAGCAGCAUGAGGAGCGCGGGUGCGGCGGCGACCGUGACGCGUCUGGCGCAGCGGGUGGUGGCCCCGGCGGCGCCCACGCCCCGAGGACAGCUCCCGCUCUCCUGGCUGGACCGCUACCCGACCCAGCGCGCGCUCAUCGAGUCCCUCCACGUCUUCAAGGGCCGAGCUGACGCGGGAGCGGAGGCGCCCGCCAGGGCCAUUGAGCGCGCGCUGGCUGCCGCGCUGGUGAGCUACUACCCCAUCGCCGGGAGACUGGCGGUCUCGGACGAGGGGGAGCUGGUGGUGGACUGUACCGGCGAGGGCGUGUGGUUCGUCGAGGCCGGGGCCAGCUGCGCCCUCGCGGACGUGGACUACCUCGAGUACCCGCUCAUGGUGCCCAAGGACGAGCUUCUCCCGCACCCCACCUAUCCCGAAUCUGACCUCCUCCCCGAGGACUCGCUCAUCCUCCUUGUCCAGGUGACGCAGUUCGCGUGCGGCGGGUUCGUGGUCGGGUUCCGGUUCAGCCACGCGGUCGCGGACGGCCCCGGCGCGGCCCAGUUCAUGGCCGCCGUCGGCGACAUGGCGCGUGGGCACGCGGCGCCCCUGGUGGCCCCGGCUUGGGGCCGCGAGGCGAUCCCGAACCCUCCCGGCGCGGCGGUGGGCGCGCUGCCGGUCCCGACGGAGCUCCGGCUGCAGUACCUCGCCAUGGACAUCUCGACGGAAUACAUCGAGCACCUGAAGGCGCGGUUCCUGGAGCAGGCGGGGCAGCGGUGCAGCGCGUUCGAGGUGCUGAUCGCCAAGGCGUGGCAGUCGCGCACCCGCGCGGCGGGGUUCGCGCGGGGCUCCCCCGUGCACGUGUGCUUCGCCAUGAACGCGCGGCCGGCGCUGGGCGUCCCGCGCGGGUUCUACGGCAACUGCUACUACAUCAUGCGCGUGUCGGCGGCCGCCGAGGCCGUGUCGGACGCGUCCGUGUGCGACGUGGUGCGCCUCGUCCGCGAGGGCAAGAAGCGGCUGCCCGGCGAGUUCGCGCGGUGGAGCGCGGGCGGCGGGGUGGACGACCCGUACCGCAUCACGUCGGACUACCGGACGCUGCUGGUGUCUGACUGGUCGCGGCUCGGGUUCGCGGAGGUGGACUACGGGUGGGGCUGCCCCGUGCACGUCGUCCCGCUCACCAACCUGGACUACAUCGCGACGUGCAUCCUGGUCCGGCCCUCCGCGCACAAGCCCGGCGCGCGACUCAUCACGCAGUGCGUGGACGCCGGCGCCGUCGACGCGUUCCACAAGGACAUGAUGCGGCUCGACUGAUUAUUCUGCUGUUUGUUAAUCCAGUUGCAUAAUUUAAUUCGUUCGUUCGUUCGUUGCUGUAUCGCAUGAGUGCAUGACUGGGUUGUUGAGCACAUGAGUGGAAUAGUUAUAAAAAGAAGAAGAUACUAUUACGGUCUAAGUGCAUCACCAAUGAAUACUACGUGCGUGCCUGCAACGGGAAGCAUUGUUUAUUCUUCCCUUGUACAUGUUGCGUGUGUUUAGGGAGCACAUCAAAUUAGUAAGUAGGUGGUGGGGAGCCAUUUUCUGCUGUUCCCUCUUGCUUAAGCAACUGGAAAUGGUGCCAGAAAGA